AAUCAAAUAUGACGAAAGGGUGCCGUGUAUUACUGAAUCGAAUGGAUCUUUUAACUCUUCAGAAUCUCGAAACAAGCAUAUUCGAAACGAUAGAGUCGAAAAAAAAAUAUACUCUACCUAUAGUGAUUCAACAGUUUAAUAAAAUGACAAAAUGUAUGAAAAAGAUAUUCAAUCAACCCAUUACCGUAGAAGAUAUGACUAUUAAAAUAAGAAAUAUUGGAGACGAGUUAAUCAAAUGCGAUAUUGCUGACGAAGAAUCUAGUUUUAUAAGUCAGUUAAAAGUACUGGCAAGCAAGCAGCUAGCAGACAAUAUCCUUGAUAAACUGGAAAAUGAUUUGGCAUACGCUGAUCAAGAUACAGGAGUUUCCACGCUAUUUCUUUCACCGCCGCACUAUACGGCUUCGCCUGAUCCACCUCAAACUAUGCAAGCCGACGAAUACGACGGACCGCUUUUUUUCAAUCGAUAUAAUACAUCGCCAGAUAUGUUUCAUGAAAAAUGUUCCAAUGUUCCAGCUACUCCUGCACGCAAUAUAAAACGUAAACUAUUUUAA